AUGGGUCAAGCCUUUCGCAAGCUAUUUGACACUUUCUUCGGCAAUUCUGAGAUGCGGGUUGUGAUGCUUGGGCUGGAUGCUGCUGGAAAAACAACUAUACUGUACAAGCUUCACAUUGGAGAGGUUUUAUCUACAGUUCCUACCAUCGGGUUCAAUGUGGAGAAGGUUCAAUAUAAAAAUGUGAUAUUCACAGUGUGGGAUGUGGGAGGACAAGAAAAAUUAAGGCCCUUAUGGAGGCAUUACUUUAAUAAUACUGAUGGGCUGAUCUAUGUUGUGGACUCUUUGGAUCGCGAGAGAAUUGGAAAGGCGAAGGAUGAGUUUCAGGCCAUCAUCAAAGAUCCUUUCAUGCUCAACGCUGUUAUAUUGGUGUUUGCAAAUAAGCAAGACAUGAAAGGAGCAAUGACCCCAAUGGAAGUUUGUGAAGGCCUGGGUCUCUACGAUCUUAAAAACAGAAAAUGGCACAUACAAGGGGCUUGCGCUCUCAAAGGGGAUGGCUUGUAUGAGGGAUUGGACUGGUUAGCAGGCACUUUGAAAGAGCACAAGGCUGCUGGAUUCUCUUCAGUGGGCACUUCAACGUUCUAA